AAUUACCGAUAUAAUAACUAGUUUAACUAAGAUAAAACAAAAAUUAAUGAAUAGUUAAAGCUCAGUUAGGAAAAACUGAAAAAUAUCCUUUUAAAAUACAAAAUUGUAAUGGUUGUAAUCAUGCCACUUUUUCCUUCCAUGAAGAAUGAACAAAAACUAAAGAAAGCAAAGUUACGUGAAAAACCAUGCAUAUAUCAAUUUGUUAGUAUCAGAUUCUUCGGUCAACAUCUUUACGAGAAUCAUGUCAAUCAUGUCAACUUUGGUAUCAAAUUCUAUGAGAAUCAUGUCAACUUUGGAAUCAAAUUCUAUGAGAAUUCAUGAUAAGAAUAAAGAAUCAAGAAUUAAAAUGAGAAAAGACCAAAAGGUGCAACCCGCUUCGACCCGACGGGUUCAUUUUGACACCUAUACUUACACGCACGGCUUCUCCACCCUCCACGUCCACGACAUUUGAGAAUCUCCUUUUUAAUUUCUUCUAAUUGAAAAAA